UGACUUUGUCGCUUUCCGCUUUCCGUAGUACUAUUUGUAAUAGUAGAAAGCUCUUUAGGAGAUGAAUAUACUCAGAACUCCCGAUGACAGCACUGCUGUUGUAAGAAUCAUGGGCGAAUUCGAUCAGUUUUUGUCUAGUGACCCUAAAAGCCGCUUGACAUACGAAGAAUCAUCAAGCGACUUACAGGCAAACUCACAGAGCAAAUGGCCGUCUUCAAAAUCCACAAGGACUCUUAGUAAAACACGAAGCCAGGGAAGUCUUCUAUCUAAGGAGCGCGAAAAGGAUGUGGCGCUUAUCAAGAGCCGAAGCAGAAUUGCGCAGUUAGAAAAUACAGUGAAUUCACUGGAAUCGGACAGAAAACGCGCUAGAAUAGAAUUUGAAAAGGACUCUGGAAACGACAAACUUGGACUUCGAAGACUAGAAGAGAAAUACGAAGACUUGCAGCAAAACUUUCAAUACCUCGCAGAGCAGGAGAAGAAUGCCAAAGAUCAGUUGAAAGAACUCAAAAAGGAGUAUGAAACUUACCGCAACAAAUCAGAACAAAGAAUACAGAACGUGCAGAGGGAAAAGCUCAAAGUGUGUGCAGAAAGAGAUGAGUUGCAAGAGGAUUCAAGUAAAAAACAAAUGGAGUUGAAGAGUGCUUUAUUCAGACAGGGAACUGAGAUGGCUGUGGUCCAAAAUAAACUAGGGGAUACAGAGAGUCAACUUGAAAAUGUCAAAAGGAGACUUAGUGAGGUAAUGAUUCAGCUACCAGAGCUAGAACAGCUCAGAGAACGAUCAAGAACAGCUGAACACAGGGUCAAAGAACUGGAGCAAAAGUUGUCCCGUCAAGAUGAAGCCACAGGAGUUGCUAUGGUGAUGCAAACACAGCUUACAAAGUACAGAGAAUUAGAAAAAGAAAAUGAAAAGUUGAAAGAAGAAAAUCACUAUUAUAGGGAAACAAAUGAAAGCAAUCUUUUGUUGAAAGAAAAAGCAGAAAGUUUACAAAACAAACUCCAGAGGGCAGAUCAACGGAUUACGGAAUUGACAAGAGUGGAGAUUGAAAAUGAGGAGGUAAGAAAGAAAAUCCAAAAGUGGGAAACUGAAGAUAUGUCAGGGACAAAGAGACUAAGGUCCCCAGCCCAGCUUGCAAAAGACAUUACAAACCUUCAAAAGAGCCAAGUUGUGUUGUUAGAGACACAGAGUGAACUGAAAUCUAGUGUACAGAUUCAUGAAACGGCAUACCAAAGAGCUUCCCAAGAGCUAGCUGCAGUGAAAAAGGAGUUAGUUGAACUGAAGGAGACCAAUGAUCGUCAAAAAGAACUGAAUCAAAGACUUCAAAGACGCUUGUUUCUUGUCACAGCUGAACGUGAUGGUUGCCGCAGAAUUCUUGAUACUUAUGACAACAGUUUCUCAUCAAACUAUGAUCCUCAGAUACAUGCCAGAUUACAAGAGGCUGAAGCUCGUCUCAAAACGUACCACGAACACAUAGAAACUCUGGAGCUUGAGUUAAACCAGAAGGCAGAGCAAGCAAGUAGGGAGAAACUCAAGUGCAAUAAACUUGAGGUUGAAAUUAGUGAACUACGUGAGAAGGCAACCAAGCAAACUCCGAUGAAAACUGAUGAUGCUGCCUUAAGAACCGAAAUGGAAAAACUACGAGCGGAGAAUACCAAGCUACAGGAGCAGCUUGAGAUCCACGAAAUCAACAAAGAACAAAUGCACAUGCGGGGUUACUACGACCCUACCAAAACCAAGAUCAUCCAUCUGUCAAUGAAUCCAUCCAGCAUUGCCAAACAGCAGCGUGGAGAGGAGCUAGAGAAACUGAGGAAGGAGAAUGAUUCUCUUAGGAGGAGACUGCAACUUCUAGAGGAGGGAGGCUGCAGCCCGGAGGAUGUCAGUGUUCUUAGCAAGCUCAGUCCUGAGGCCGGACCAAGUGUGGUGAAGCAAGUGGAAGAUUUCAAAGCUCAGCUCUCAUCAGCAGAGAUGAAAAAUCAGCGAUUAAAAGAGGUUUUCAAGAAGAAGAUCCAAGAGUUUCGCGAGGCUUGUUAUGCGUUAACAGGAUUCAAGAUCGACGUUAUACGAGAUAAUCAGUAUCGGCUUCAGUCCAUGUAUGCUGAGAGAUCCACAGACGAUCUGUUAUUUGAAGUAAGUUCUACAACUGACCGUGUUUUCAACUCAUCUCUAGUCAACCGCUUGUGAUGACUAGGUCUGUCGUGUUGUCGACGGGACGUGCGUGUUGUUUUCAAGAGGUGUUGCUAAGUUACGUGACGUAUCUUGAUGACGUCACAUUUACGUGGUAACGGGAGAUUGUGAGCGCCAGUGUUCAUCCUCUGAUUGGAUAAUAAGUAUGGAGGGCCUUAAGACCCGUCCGCAUAUUGAAGGAAGCUGCAAGAGAAAAUUUAAAUUUGAAGCGGGAUUCCGAGUUUGGCGAUUUCAAUUCAACCCUGACAGUGUGUUGUUACUGAACAGUAGACCAUAGGACCCUAUAGGUCAAUUAUUAUCCCUCCUUUUGA